AUGCUACCUACAGAAGAACUGAAUGGAGAGAAUAGUGAAGGAAAGCAAGAAAAGUCAGAAUCUGAAGAACAAGAAAUCUUGCCUUGCUUUGAUCUUGUUACUGAAAUCCUCUCAAGGCUUCCAGUGAAAUCUCUCAUGCGAUUCAGGUCUGUUUCGAAAUCUUGGCUUGCUUUGAUAUGUAGCCCUAAGUUUAUUAAGUCUCAUCUGAGUUUAUCAGCUAAUAAUAACAAGGACUACACCAACCACAGGGAUUACCCCAUGAAAAACACCUCUAUAUCUUUUUCGAUUAAGGGGUCGGUCAAUGGACUGAUUUGUCUUGUAAAUGGGACUAAAAAUUUGUUUUUGUGGAAUCCAUCAACUAGAAAGUACAAGAAACUGCCUGAUUUUAAAAUUAACCCGAAGAAUAUUGACGAUUUCAUAUAUGGUUUUGGAUAUGAUGAGAUCCACGAUGAUUAUAAAGUAGUGCGUAUUAAUAAUAGUGGUCACUUGCAUGAUAUUCAUGAUGUCGAUAUGUAUAGCCUAAAGAAUGAUUCUUGGCGAAGAAUUGAUUGUCCUCAGAGUGGAGUGCGAUUAAUUAGUUCAGGUAAAUUUGUAAAUGGGAAGCUUCAUUGGGCUAGUAGUGCUGGUCUUGGUUUCGAAAGGGGCUGGAGCAUAGCCUCUUUUGAUUUGGCUGAUGAGAAGUGGGGAAAGGUGGAGCGACCCUGCUAUAGAGAUCAGGAUGGGAUUCUCAUGCUUGGAGCGUUGGGAAGUAAUCUUUCUAUGAUUUGCAAAAAUCCAAGUACUCAUGUAGAUAUAUGGUUUAUGAAAGAGUAUGGGGAUAAAGAAUCUUGGAUAAAGAUGUUCACCAUCAAUUAUACUCUAGACCCUAUGGGAUAUUUGUUCUCUCAAUCCUUUUAUUUGUCAAAAAGAGGUGAAUUUUUGCUUGUGUUUGAAUCCACUUUCAUGAUAUACAAUCCAAAGGAUAACUCACUCAGAUUUCCAAAGUGUCCUAGAUUUGGUUGUGCUCUUUCGGCGGAAAUUUACAUUGAAAGCCUGGUUUGUCCUAUUUCACAAAAUGAACCAAGAACACAGCAAGAAUGA